GCUUGCAUGGCAACUUGCAUAUAUUUAUUUACAUAUAUCGUCUUCUGACUAAAAACCAUUUUUUUGAAUGGAUUUUAGGUAAUUUAAUAAAAAAUAACGUUUUCAAAGAGAUGAUGUGAUAUGGAUACUGCCUGAUAUUUCUUACGACAGUACAGAAAAUGUCUUUAAACGCUUCUUAAGGCUUCUUGAGCCGUUGAAGAAUUUUGUCUGUUGAAGAGGACUCCUGAUGUAUAAGAACUCACCACGAAAGGGUUCACCAGGCAGCUCAACAAGAAAUGUUCCUCACACACGGCUUGAGGAUGAGAAUGAGUUUGAAAAAGUGUACGAGUUCAGACAAGAGCUUGGCAGAGGAAGUUUUGGACGUGUUUAUGAAGCUCAGUGUCAAACAACUGGUAUAAAGUGGGCUGUCAAAUCUGUCAAUAAAGAGAAGGCUGGUAGUUAUGCUGUGAAAAUGUUAGAGCGAGAAGUGAAUAUAAUGAAAAUGAUUGACCACCAACAUGUUGUCUGUUUAAAUGAGGUUUAUGAAACACCUACGAAAAUGUUCCUUGUUAUGGAGCUAUGUGACCAAGGUGAAUUAUGUGAUCUUCUACGAGUAAGAAAAACAUUGAGUGAAAAUGAGGCUCUGACAGUCAUCAGACAGUUAGCUGAUGCAAUUGCAUACCUACAUGAUCUAGAUAUUGUUCAUAGAGACUUGAAGUUAGAGAAUAUUUUAUUAUGCAAACCUAUCAAUGAUGAACCAAUCAACAUUAAGAUCAGUGAUUUUGGUUUGUCUUAUAUUAAAGGCAGUGGGGAAGCGAUGAUGCAAAGUGUUUGUGGAACUCCUAUGUAUAUGGCACCAGAAGUUAUAGAUGAACACGAGUACAGUAGACAAUGUGAUAUCUGGAGUAUUGGAGUUAUUUUGUUUACGCUUUUAACAGGUUCACCACCAUUCCAAGCACCUACAGAAGAAAAGCUGUAUCAAUUGAUUAAGCAAGGGCAUUUAGACUUCACGCAUCCGUGUUGGCAGACGAUUAACGAAUCAGCCAAGAACGUUCUGGAAGGAAUGCUUGAGGUUGAUCCAGCCCAUCGAUCUACAGCUAUGGAGAUAAAGGACCAUCCUUGGGUGAAUGGAGAUAAUGAAUCAUCAGCUCGUGUUAACGUGAUUCAAAUGAUGAAGGAAUAUAACGCAGAGCAGAAAAAGAUGAAUCCAAGCAACCAUAACAAUAAUAUUGAGGAGACGAAGCUCACAGAUUCUCAAGAGAAGCCUGUCGAUGUUAUUGAACAAAAUAAUGAGAUGAAGAAUUCGCCAUCAAAAACUAGCUUAAAAAAAGAAACAAAAGAUCGGAAGAAGUCGCCAGGGCAUUCAUCGUCACGGAUAGGGAAAGCGAGCUCAACUUCACAGUUACAUACUUUACCGAGUCGCGAAAACUCAGGCAAGAAAAAAAUACCAAGUUACAUGCAACCAACGCAGAGCUCUUCGGCUCCAACAAAUCCAAGCGCUCGCACAAUGAAAAAUCGUAAAAGCACGGAUAAAACUAGGUGACCUAGGUAGUGAAAUAUUUCAUAUUUGUAAAUAUGUAGAGAGAAACAUUCCUGGCGAUCAGGAAGAUACUCCGAAACUGUUCAUGUUAUAUAUAAUAAUACCCAUAUAGAAAGUUCCUUUAUUGUGGGAUUUAAUGUAAAAACCUAUUUUAGAUCAACAAUGUUGUACAAUAAAAUGCCCCAGUUACUACA